GGAAUCUGAACUAAGUUCCCCGCACUAGAACGAGGAGGAGGCGGACCAUGAGAGCUACUGGAGCAGGACUCAUUUAGAUUCACGGACUGUUGUACACUCCCAGCACAAGGAUACACAUUUAUACUUGAGGCACCUGGAAAUCCCUUCAUCGCCCAUCAUUUUUAUCAUUUCGUAUUUUUAACUUUUGCUUUUAUGACCAUCCUGCACACUUCCAUAGCAGAGUGUGCCCAUCGCCGCUGAUACUCCGUACUAAUCCUGGGCACAAUCCCACGGACAUGCUAUUAGACGCCGGCCCCCAGUUCCCGGCCUUGGGUGUGGGCACAUUUGCCCGGCAUCACCACCAUCAUCACCAUCACCAUGCCGCAGUAGCAGCGGCGGCGGCGGCAGCUGCAGAGAUGCAGGAAAGGGAGCUGAGUCUGGCGCAGAACAGCUUCGUGGAACCUACUCACAUGGGCGCAUUUAAGCUGAACCCGGGUGGUGGCUCCGGGGGAGGGAGCGGCGGUGGCAGCGGUGGAGGAGGAGGCGGACCAGUUGGGGGAGCCGGGGCCAGUGGUCCCCACGAUUUGUCCCCCCCAGGGCAGACCUCUGCUUUUACCUCACAGGCUGGGUACCCCGCCUCCGCCCUGGCACCGCACGCAGCCUACACCGGAGCUGCCUUCAACAGCCCACGGGACUUCUUAUUCCGCGGACGCGGUUUCGCAGAAGGGACAGCAGCUGCAGGCGGGGGGCAGCAUGGCUUGUUUGGCCCCCCAGCGGGAAGUCUCCACCACCAUCCGCACCACCACCAGCUGUCCCACGGGGAGCACCCGCAAGGCCACAUACUUUUCCCCGGCAUACACGAUCAGCAUGCGGCUGCCUCGCAGAAUGCAUUGGGCGGCCAGAUGCGACUUGGAUUGCCCGGCGAGAUGUUCGGUAGGACGGAGCAGUACCGCCAGGUAUCCAGCCCAAGGGGGGACCCAUAUACAGCCGCCCAGUUGCACAAUCAGUACGCACCCAUGAACAUGGGCAUGAACAUGGCAGCUCACCAUCAUCAUCAUCACCACCACCACCCGGGGGCCUUUUUCAGAUACAUGAGGCAACAGUGCAUCAAACAGGAACUCAUCUGUAAGUGGAUUGACCCCGAGCAACUUAGCAACCCCAAGAAAAGCUGCAACAAAACAUUCAGCACAAUGCACGAACUCGUUACCCAUGUGUCUGUGGAACAUGUAGGGGGCCCUGAGCAGAGCAACCAUAUUUGCUUCUGGGAGGAGUGUUCCCGGGAGGGCAAGCCGUUCAAAGCCAAAUACAAACUGGUUAACCACAUCAGAGUGCACACGGGGGAGAAGCCCUUCCCAUGCCCCUUCCCUGGAUGCGGCAAGGUCUUUGCUAGAUCGGAAAAUCUUAAAAUCCACAAAAGGACUCACACAGGAGAGAAGCCCUUUCAAUGUGAAUUUGAAGGCUGCGACAGACGAUUUGCUAACAGCAGCGACAGAAAAAAGCACAUGCACGUGCACACCUCGGACAAGCCCUAUCUGUGUAAGAUGUGCGACAAAUCGUACACCCACCCCAGCUCUCUGAGGAAACAUAUGAAGGUGCAUGAAUCUUCGCCCCAAGGCUCAGAGUCUUCUCCGGCUGCCAGUUCUGGCUAUGAAUCUUCCACCCCACCAGGUCUGGUCUCCCCAAAUUCUGAAACACAGAACCCAAACUUGUCACCAGCAGCAGCGGCGGUGUCUGCAGUACACAGUGUGUCCAGCGGGGCUAGCGGAGCCCUUGCCUCAAACUUCAACGAAUGGUACGUGUAAGGGACACGCUUCUACUUUCCUGGGACAACUGCGCGGUCACUAGAGACUUUUGUGGCCACAGCUUCACCAGCUAAAAACACAGAACUUAAGCAAUGGCAGAGUAAUCUCCUGGGAGAUAGUGUACACCCACCAGCAAGGAUUACAUCCGAACCAUUCAGUGCACAGUUAUAUAUCCGCAAGGAGAGAGUAAAUCACCCAGCAGAAUGUAUUUAUUUCCCCUCCCCAAAAUAAAAGAACGUGUUGUUACUCAGACCUGCCUAAUGGUGUGAAUAUAAAGUUCACACACCUUGAAGAUGAAGAAAAAAAAUUAAAAAGGACAUGUUGAUGGAUGCCUCCCUCGGUGUAUAUACAAUUUGUUCGGUUUUUAGAUUGUUUUACAUAAUAUAUGAAGGGCCUAUCCUUGAUUCGUCCGUUUAAUAUGAAGUUUAUUUAAUUUUCUUUUUAUUAGAGGAAUCCUGGCUGUCAUUUCAUGCCCCAAAAUGAUGGGGGGGGGACAAAAACAAGUGCCAAAGUCUCCAGAUGGUUCCUACAAACCUAAAAAAAGGCAGGCAUUUCUAAAAAAAGGCUUGUGAAUGUACUUUUCUGUUAAAUGGGCUUUGUGAUGUUUUCUGUGCUUUUGCAAGUUGAAUUUGUUAGUAACUGUUUGGAAAAGCGCCGAGGCAAAAGUAAAUAGCCGUUGUGCACUCGCCCCAUAGCAGCCUUCCUUGUGUAAAUAAUCGCUACCAUAUUUAUCCAUUUGUAAUUAAAUUAUGGUAUUAACUUGCAACAGAGGAAACACUAUUUAUAAAGAUUGUUUCUUGACUAUAAAUAUGUACAUUUGUGAGCAUAAAUGUUUUCAGAUUUUUUUUUUUUAUUUUAUGUGGUCUCUUCAUUUUUGUGACAUGUUUUAAAAGUAAUGCAUACAGACCUCUAAUAAAAUGUGUUGAACUUGCGACAUCAAACACCAAAAA